GCCAAGAUUGCGGAUUUUGGGCUUGUGAGGUUAGAAGAAGGUUCCACAGUGGGCACCACUCGAGUGAUGGGCACACCGGGCUAUGUGGAUCCCAUCUACUUCCGCACGUCAAAGGCAACCAGCGCCACCGACAUCUACAGCUUCGGUGUGCUCAUGCUCGUGGUGCUCUUGAAGCAGACGUGCCCGCUUUAUAUGGUUGAUGGGGAGAGCAACCACAUAGUGUUAUGGGUGAAGGCUUUCAUCUCCCACACCCCGGCCCGCCUCAAGGACUUCAGCAUGGACGCCCCUUCUCCAACCCGCCAGGAGGAGGAUUGCAUUUCCUCUGACAACCCGGCACCCCUCAACGAUCUGAGAAUGGACGCCCCGGAUGAUGCUGUGCUGCGCCUGGCCCUGCUGGCCCUCUCCUGCACCGCGGAGCGCACUGCCAGUCGGCCCAGCAUGUCAUACGUUGCCAGUGAGCUGCUUGCUGUGAGGAAUGAAGUGGUGGGAGCAGAGGUGCCGAGUGCUGCGAUCAAGGUGGACGAGCAAGCCAACGAGAUGAAGAAAGCAUAUUCUGUUGUUAAGGGUGUUUGA